AUGCUCUCCGACCUCAUUUCCUCAACACUCCUCGAAUGGAUCAACAGUUUUGAUUUGGGCACAACCAUUCGAUCCAUUGACCAGUUGAGCGAUGGCUCCAUCCUUUGGGAUACUCUGCAGGACAUUGACCCGCAGUACUUCCUUGGAGAACUACCAGAGCGUUCACCCUCAGACCACUGGGUCCCACGAUGGCAGAACCUAAAACACCUCCAUAAGGCAUUGAUCAGUUAUAUAAGGAAUCAGAACGAUGGCGAAGUACCUUCGGGCCUCAAUAUCUCUCCUGACUUGAAGGCCAUCGCAGAAAUGUCGUCGAUGAAGGAAACAAACGAACUCCUGAAGUUAUUCCUUCUUGCAGCCAUUAGUUCGCCAAAUGCGGAAGCCUACAUAACGACCAUGCAGAAGCUGUCCACAUCGACACAAGAAGGGCUGAAGGAUAUUAUACAAGAAGCACAAAAUCCGUCUGAUGAAAGACUGGAGGAACUUGAUUAUGAGCUGUCCACCAGACGAGAUAUGCCCAUGGACCCUGAACUGCGCUUCGAGGAACGCUUCGGAAAGGUGCUGGCCGAAAAGGACAAACUGUUCAAUGAAAAACAAGAACUUGAGAAAACAGUGGAGGAUUUACAUGACCGCUUAGCUCGACUUCAAGAGAGCCACGAUACGGUUUUGGAUAGACUCACAUCUACUGAGGAUCGCUUGAUGACCCUGAAAUCCGGGAAGGGGGAUUUGAUACCGAACGCCAAAACGUUGGAGAGCAGAACGCGCCAGCAGGAGGAUAUUAUUGCGUCUCAAGAAGCUAAAAUCCAGGCGUCUCAGGACGAAGUCGAUAGUCUACGGAUGACUGUCGAGUCAUUACGUGUAAAGAAUCAGAGAUUCCAAAAAUUGCAAGAUGACUACGACGAAGUGAAGAACGAACGAGACCACCUUUCUAGACGAGCAAAUGCGGCGGAGAAAUAUCGACAAAAACUCCAAGUUAGCCACGAUUUCGAAAAGGAGAAUAUCGCGCUCAAAAAUCAGGUCAAGGAUUUACAGCAGCAAUUGCGAGAUAGCGAUAUUAACCAGAAAUCUUCAUCUGAACGGGACGUGGAGCUGGAGGAGUACCGUCGCGUUCUCCCAAGAAUAGAGCAGGAUCGUCACGAGAUUCAAAAUGUUAAGAAGCAGCUAGAAUUUAACAACCAUGCUCUCACCGAGAGGCUUCAAAGCGCAGAAGAUCAACUUGCCAAGGACGAAGCCACCAUCAGCGAAUUGCGGGACCGAAUCCGGGAACUUGAGGGUCUGGAGAGCCCAACUACACCUGGAAGCACAACUCCAAAGGCACACGGGACUUUCCAGAGAGAUCUUGAUGAAGUUGGGAGACGAGAAGCACAGUUGAAAAUUGAGAAUGAAGAGCUUAAGCGGGAGCUUGAGAAAUUCACCAGCGGAAUAUCGCCUUCGAGCGAUACCGCAAAAGCGUCCCCUAGGGUUGGACUUGGUGAUACUAAAUUUGCAGAGAAAAAGCUGCAAAAUGAAUAUUCAGCCAUUCAAAGGAAACUUGCUGAUGCACAAAGCGAAAUGGAAGCAAUAGAACAGCAGCUCCAGGAUUCAAAAUCCAAACUGGGCGGGGUCAGCAAGGAGAAACUCGACAUGGUCGACGCGGCAAACGACUCUUCUCCCCCUGACUUGCUAAAAAUUCGUGAUGACGUGCAUGCCCUUCGAAGCAAAAUCCAGGAUCUCGAAACCAAGCUCACUGCCAGCCAGUCACUCGUCCAGAAUGUAACUGCUGAACGUGAUUCUGUCCGGAACAUGAUCACUAAGAAGGAGCAAGAAAUGCAAGGCGAAGACCAGGCUACCAUGGAUGAGAUGAAGAAGCUUCUUGACGAGGUUACCGCUAGGUUCAACAACAAUAAUGCGAACGGGCCUCAGCUCUCAGGGACCGAUUUACUCAGGCAGUUUGCGGAGACUAUGGAGCGGAGCGCUGAAAAUAUGGCCAAAAGAGCAGAGCAUUCCGAGGAACAGGAGUCGAAUAAAGAAACUGAGAAAAAGUUCAUGCAAGUUAUUCAACGCCAAGCCCGCGAGAUCGCGCUCAUCUCAUCUGCAUGGUACGACCAGCAGUCCCGACUGCAGAACAGCAACGUUUCCAUGCUGCGAUACAGACACCCGGCAAGCACCAGCUCGAAUGGCAUGGAAGUCCAUCGAAGCUGGCUUGCGAAGCAAAGAGCGCUUGUUUCGGGAAGAAAAUAA